AUGACCCCUCCCACACCCCACCCCUCAGCUCUCCAAUCCCUCCUCAAAACCCACACGCCCGCCACCCCUGGCCCCCCGGACAUCCAUCCCUACAAAAACCUCACCCUCCAAAUCGCCCACAACCUCCGGCACCAACACGCCUGGACCCGCAUCCGCAUCCACUGGCCCUCCCCCUCGCCAUCCCCGUCACCCAACACCACUUCACCUCCUCGACCACUAAUAUCCGGCCUCCCGCCGCGACGCCUCUACACGCAUCCAGAUGAACAGAUCGAACUCCUGCAAUCGCAUAGGAAAGCUGGCUUAUCGGGCAUCCCGGAGAUGAAGGCGGAGCGAGAGUGGGUUCUGCCCUGUUCGGUGCGGGAGAAGUGGACGUUGGGGCGGUUUGGGGAGGUGUUUGAUUCGGUGGGGAAGGUGCCGGGGUUUGGGGAGGGGAGUGUGGUUGAGGGUUUGGGUGAUGGGGGUGAGAGUGAGGAAGCAGAGGGGGAAGAAGUUGAGGGUGAAGGGAAUAGCUGGCGAACGGAGCAGCCAAAACGAAUCCUAAUGGCGAUUCUGGACGACGAUAGCACGGUCGUCUACUACAUCGUGCACGACGGGCUGGUGAAACCACGGCAGAACUGA